CAUACUUAUCCAUGUGACCCCGGAAGUAAAUGCAGUGAGGACUUUUUGCCUUUAGCAGAAAACAAAACAAGACAUUUAACGUUUUGUGAGCCGUGAACUGUCCGUGUUUCGCCGUCCCAGACUAGGAGCUUACAUCGAGAGAUUAUUUCUGCAGAGUUUGAUCUACAGGGACGGAAGUUCUCCUCAUCCAGAAUGAAAACUGUUCUGAUGGUGGCAGAGAAACCUUCUCUGGCUCAGUCCAUCGCUAAAAUCCUCUCCAAAGGAAGCUGCUCCAGUCGGAAAGGCCUGAACGGAGCGUGUUCGGUACAUGAGUACAGCGGCAGCUUCCAGGGCCAGACGGUCCGCUUCAAGAUGACCUCGGUGUGUGGUCACGUGAUGAGCCUGGAUUUUACUGGAAAAUACAACAACUGGGACAAGGUGGACCCGGCAGAACUGUUCAGUAAAGCUCCCACAGAGAAGAAGGAGGCCAACCCUAAGCUGAACAUGGUGAAGUUCCUGCAGGUGGAGGCCCGAGGCUGCGACUGUGUGGUUUUAUGGUUGGACUGUGACAAAGAAGGCGAAAACAUCUGUUUCGAGGUUCUGGAUGCCAUCCAGCCGGUCAUGAAUAAAGGCGGCGGCAGAGAGCAGAGCGUUUUCCGGGCCAAGUUCAGCUCCAUAACCGACACCGACAUCUGGAACGCCAUGAACCGCCUGGGGGAACCCAACAAGAACGAGGCGCUGUCGGUGGACGCCCGCCAGGAGCUGGACCUGCGGAUCGGCUGUGCCUUCACACGGUUCCAGACCAAAUAUUUCCAGGGCAAAUAUGGGAACUUGGACUCGUCUCUAAUCUCGUUUGGACCGUGUCAGACCCCAACGCUCGGAUUCUGUGUGGAGCGCCAUGAUAAGAUCCAGUCCUUUAAACCGGAAACAUUCUGGGUCAUCCAGGCAAAGACAGUUUGGGUACCAUCAUCUUUAGUCUGUUGUGACCAUAAUAAUAUCCGGUGUUGGAUUGUAACUGAUAUCAUGAUGAUGAUGAUGAUGAUGUGUUUUCUGGUGCAGGUGGAGUCUGUGAGCAAAAAGGAGAAGGCCAAACAGAGGCCUCAGGCCCUGAAUACUGUGGAGAUGCUGAGAGUGGCCAGCUCUGCUUUAGGUAUGGGUCCCCAGCACACCAUGCAGAUCGCAGAGCGCCUUUACACCCAGGGCUACAUCAGCUACCCUCGGACUGAGACCACCCACUACCCCGAGAACUUUGACCUGAAGGGGACCCUGAAGCAGCAGGUCAACAAUCCAGCGUGGUCGGAGGAGGUGAAAGCGCUUCUGUCAUCCGGUAUAAACCGUCCCAGGAAGGGCAGCGACGCAGGAGACCAUCCUCCCAUCACUCCCAUGCGUUGUGCGUCAGAGGGGGAGCUGGGUGAGUCAUACAGGCUGCAUGAAAGGGAAAGAGGCGGGACCCAGCUCAGGGGCGCUAAGGAGUGGUUUAUGUUCCCAGGUUACACAGCGGUGAUGCCCUGGCAGGGGAUCCCGCUGGAAGAAGCUCUGCCUGCCUGUGAGCGUGGAGACACUUUUACAGUGGAGGAGGUGAAGCUGGUGGAGCGGCAGACGAGUCCUCCUGACUACCUGACAGAGGCAGAACUCAUCACGCUCAUGGAGAAACACGGCAUCGGUAGGAGAACCGAGUUCUACAGGAGAAAACCCGCAGGUUGUUCUGUGGGUCAUUGUGUCCCAGCUGCAGCUCUUAAACGAAGCGAGUUCCUCUGUCUGCAGGCCAAGCCGAGCCGACUCCACUGCUCCCACUGCGAUGAGACCUACAGCCUGCCCCAGAACGGAGCCAUCAAGCUGUACAAGGAGCUCCGCUGUCCGCUGGACGACUUUGAGCUGGUGCUGUGGACGUCUGGCGCCCGAGGGAAGAGCUACCCGCUGUGUCCCUACUGCUUCAGCCACCCCCCCUUCAGGGACAUGAAGAAAGGUAUGGGAUGCAAUGAAUGCACCCAUCCCUCCUGCCAGCAUUCCCUCAACUCUCUGGGCAUCGGCCAGUGCGUGGAGUGCGACAGCGGGGUUCUGGUGCUGGAUCCCACCUCUGGGCCCAAAUGGAGAAUGGCCUGCAACAAGUGCAACGUGGUGGUGCACUUCUUUGAACACGCACACAAAGUACAGGUCGCUCAAGAGAGCUGUGACGCUUGCGACGCCUCCCUCGUCGCUGUGGACUUCAACAAGACCCGCACCCCACUUCCUGACGGCGAGACUCAACACACCGGCUGCGUUUUCUGUGACUCCGUCUUCCAGGACUUGGUGGAGCUCAAACACGCCACCAUGAGGCACUCCAUGUAUCGAGGCGGGGGAUCCAGACGCGGAGGCCGGGGAAGAGGAAGGGGACGUCGUGGCAACCCUAAGAAACCCAAAGAUAAAAUGGCAGCCCUGGCAGCGUACUUUGUGUAGCGUUUCCAAACCAGUUGGCGAAUUUUCAAUAAAUAUCUGAUUUAAAAAAAACAAAUGUUG